ACGCGCGUUUUCUACUUUCGAUAUGACUGAUUUGAGAGGAUCGAUGCAUGAACUUCCCAGAGAGACGAUUCGUCUCCUUGGAAGCUCACAAGUGAUAACAUCAGUAUAUAGCGUCGUGAAAGAGCUUGUAGAGAAUUCACUUGACGCAGGUGCCACGUCUUUAGAGCUGCGUUUGGAAAACUAUGGUUUGGAUAAAAUUGAACUUAGAGACAAUGGUUCAGGAAUACCAACCGCAGAUGUCCCAUUGGUAGCCAAGAAGUACCACACCUCUAAAAUCAGCAGCUUCUCAGACCUGGAGGAUCUAGUGACCUACGGCUUUAGAGGUGAGGCCCUGGGGUCACUCUGUACCGUAUCCAACCUGUCAAUCACCACUAGGACAAAGGACGAGGAAAUCAGCACCACCUACAGUUAUAAUUACCAAGGGCAGAUAACUUCAUCUCGACCAACCCAUCUUGGAAAAGGUACAACUAUCACUGCCUUUAACUUGUUUAAGAAUCUACCAGUUAGGAGACAGUUUUACAACACAAACAAGAAAAAGAAAGAUGAGUUAAAACGCAUUGAGGACCUUCUUCUGUCUUACGGAAUUAUAUUCCCCUCAGUGCGGAUCAAUAUACGACACAACAAAGAUGUCGUCUGGCAGAAAAAUCCUGUGUCAGAUCUCAAGACCGCCAUAUUUGAAACUCUUGGAAAUGUUGUUGGGAAUAACCUUCAGAAAAAGGAGCUUGUUCUGGAAUUUCCAAAGGUGGAAAUGGAGCUGUAUUUACCCUCUGUGGGAUGUGAGUGGGCGUCAGUGUCACGCAGUGUUAACGACAGAAGCUUCGUGUUUAUAAACCAGAGACCAGUCCACCAUAAAGAGAUUGAAAAGAUGAUCAGAAGUUACCUUGGCUUGGAGAAGGGUAGAUACCCAGUGUUUAUCAUUUCUGUAGUGAUUCCACCCUCUGAUCUAGAUGUCAAUGUAGAACCUAACAAAACUAGGGUCUUCCUACACAAACAGGAAGCUGUUUUGGAACUCUUGGAGGAAUAUCUGAAAAACACAUACGAUCCAGCAAAGCAGUGCAAUAAAGAAAAUAAAAGGUUUUUUGUAGAAAAUGGACAACUUGAUGAACCUUCUGUCACAAUUUCUAAGAAACAAGACCUUGAAAACAAGGCCAGAAGUACUCCCAUGGUAACCACAAAUCCCCAGGUCAAGGUCAUAUCCAUGGAAGACAUUAGUGUACUUGAUGAGUCCCUUCCUGUGAUUAGAGUUACUCUACCAGGAGGAGGAAAAAAUGAUGAAAGUCAGCUUGAUAAAGUUGCUAAUGUGACUAAUGAAAAUGAACCAGGUCAAGCCAAAAGAUCUGAAAGUCCAAACCUGUCAAGCGCUCAGGAACUACAAACUGAGGGACCAGCUCCAGAAUCCCAUUCUUUUGGAGAAGUUGACACAAUGGAAACCUCAGGUGAUAGAUUCAAUGAACAGACUUCAGUUGUGACAGAUGGCUUAGAUGUGCCUGUGAUAUCAUUUGAUGUGGUGACCCCAGAUGACACCAAGGAGAGGUCAAAUGUCAUUUCACAAAACAAUGAAUUAACUGAUGAUUCCUUAUCAGAACUUUUGUCAUCUUGGCCAGAAACUAAAGAGCAGACAGGAAGUGAACCAGAUAUGGGUGUUAUGGAAAACCACAGUAAAGAACCUACUGCACCCAGUGGAGAGCAAUGGAGCAAAGGUCAAGGGUUAAAAAGCUCAAGUGGAGAAGUCAUUGAGCCUGUGAAGAUUCUAAAUUGUGGGAAACGCCCCCUUUCCCCUGAGAGUGGAAAUUCGCCCCCAAAGAAGAGGAGAUCUUUAGAGAUUAUUUUUGAUGACAAGAAUUCAUUUUCAACUCCCCAGAAAGGAAAUGCCUUUAAACUUUUUGCGAAAAAGAUGACUCCAAAAGUUAUCACAGCUAACCCAAACUGCUCUGGAAACAGAAUAACAGAAUUGAUCAGAGAAGCCUGGGACAAUCUUACUGUUUCUGAGAGAACAACCUAUGAGCUCAGAGCUGGCGCACAAGCCGCAGAGAAAGGUGGAACAAAGCCAUUGUUAAACCAGAGCUUGAAGCACAAAGUUCAGAACAGCAAGCUUCAGAGAACUCCGACAAUAAAAGAGCAGUUAUUGAAGACAGCUCGUAAACAUGGUACCUCCCCAGAAAGUCUGAUUCCAAGGAAGGAGAAGGCAUUACCUUUCAGCCUCCAGAAGCUUAAAGAGACGUUCUCAUCAUGUCUUACAGCCAGUCAAAUGGCAGACACACAAUGCUGGGAACUGAUUGGUCCUCUGAAGUCAUGUGGUAUUUGGACAUGUUACCAUGACUACAAAAUCCACAUCUUAAAUCCACAUCGUGUGCAUGAGACAGUUUUAUACCACCGACUAAUGAGGGACCAUGUUUUACCCACAGAACCACUGGAACGACCAAUCAAAAUCACUCCAGAAUUGUUAGGCAGUCUCUGGGAAACCUUUAGGGAGCUAGCUGUUCAGUACAGAACAUCAGAGAUGUACCCAGUCCUCAGGGAUAACAGGUUCACAAGUAAUGGAAUCAACAUCAAACUCUUCUUUGAUGCCAAUGAUGAUGUACAGGCUGAGUUAUCUUCCUUGUCUCCAUGUAUUCCUACGUAUGGGAUAGACGACCUUAAGGAGAUUCUGGAACUGAUACACAACACAGGGGCAGAUUCCAUCCUGAGGUCACGACCCCUCAAGGUCAUCAAUUAUCUCAAGUCAGAAGCAGUGAGGAUGGCCAGACAGUUGCCACGACAGCAAGACUAUGAUGACAUGCAGGACCUCUUGAGUCAAGUUCGAGAUCUAUUACCAAAGGGCUGCUACUCUUGUCUUCAUGAAAGACCCUUUUUAUAUGCAGUUUAUGACAUGAGUUCUCUGCCUUUAACACAGUACUCGCAGUCAUAGUGGGAAAUAUA